UACUACUACAGCUACUAUGAAAAGGAUGCAUUCUUUAAAAAUUCUGCAACUGGCAGCAGGUACAGCGUCACAUGCACAACAUACCUGCAUGGAUAAGAGCAGUGAGCCUACGAUCGCUGAGGAUGAGAUUUAACAAUUUAUCUGCUUAUGGAAUUACUCAAAGAUGGUGUGGAGGAGGAUAUUAGUGAAACACGCAGUGAAAAAGGUGUUAAGCUUUUACGUGGUUAUGGCCAUGCCAUAGGUCUCUGUGCAAGGGAACUUAGGUAGCAGAUUCUGAAGGCAAUUUGUAGGCAAGCAUAGUUAUGUACUUACAAAAAGGUCAUACCUUCAGGUUUUUAAUGCUUAGUAAAAAAACUGUUUUUGCUGAGUAGAAAAAGCAUAAAAUACAUUCAUGUGGUGCUGGUGAAGGGCUCAUGCAGACUUGUAGUGGUGCUGAGUAUUUUGAGGAUGGUAUUUGGGACAGUAGCUCAUGUUUUGGCUUGUCUCUCAGUUGAUGAAAUUUUGCAACAAGUUUGGAUAACUGGAGUGUUUUCAGUGAAUGUAGAUUAGAUACAACCCUGCAGAAUCCAAGUAAGAAAACGUAUGUUGAAGCUGGUGUUUUUGAGUUCUAGUCAGCACCUCUUAACACAAAUUGGUGCCUCUCACUUAAUUUUGUAAAGGAUAGAGGCCCUUAAAACUGUUUUUCAGGAGGUUAGCGGGGUAAUUCUUACUUUGAACAAUUUUAUUUCAUCUUAAAGUAUUUGGAUUUUUCAGUUCUUUCAUUCCUUUUAAAAGGAAACAUCACCCUGUGUUACUCUCAUGUAAUUACAAUAUACAGCAACAAUUGUAGUCUGACACUUACAUAGGAAGUGGGAUUUGAUCGUAUAAAUCAGUUUUGCAUCUGUCUAUUUCUAUAAUUGGCUCACUGUCAAAUGGUGACAGAAAGGAAGCCCAUGAAAGUAAGCAGUGCUUUAUAAAUGCUUCUGAAUCACGAUACGAAGGAAUGGAUUUUUUUCCCUGUGUAGUUGAAGUAAUGGGGGGAGGAGCUGUAGUCCAAAGUGCUGGCUUGACUUUAGGUUCAGGUAAAGCAAACUCUCUGCGUAGCAUGUGGUAUAAAGGGAGAGGAAGAAAAUUCAUUAUAAAAGGACAGUGUAUGUAAAUGCUCGUCUAAGGAGUUGGCAUAUAUGCUACAGAGCAGUUGACUGAAUUGGAGGCGAGAGGACUAACCAAAAGUAUUUGUAAUCAACAACAAAAGAUUUGUAACCUGCGGAUUACCAGAGCACUUGUGUGGAUAUCACUUGUCUGAAGUAAAGCUGUGGCUCAACACCUCUUAAAAUGAAUCAGCGACUUAUUUUGGUUUGUUGCUACUAUCAGGUUGAACAUUUACCGUUAUUCAGUUUAAGAAAGAUUAGAAGAUGAAACCGUCUCUUCCUUUCCCUCUCACAAAAAGAUUUUUAUAUGGUUUACUUAUUAGGAUUCCUAUGAAGUAAGAGGAUUUUUCAGAUGUUGAGAAACAACCAUUUAAAUAAAGAAGAAAAAUAUGACAUGGGCUCAGACCGCCGGUGUAUUUCUCUCCUUCCAUCCACCACCAAAAUAAGAGGGGUGGGGGUGAUGACUAAAUAGACUUCAAAACGAUGCAGAACACUUACUGCUGUUUUUCUGCACUAAUUUGAAUAAUGCUCUGAAGUGAGAGUAUCUUUAACCACCAUCUUAUUCAACCCUCCCUUUCCAUAGCAAGUGUGAUGCUGUCGAUCCCAGGUGCUCUUUCUGAUCAGCAGGCAUGUUUAUAGCAGGCUGUCUUUUCAAAUUCUAGAGCUCUAAUUGUGAUUUCCACCUAAGCCUUACACUUACCCCACAUAAUAUGCUCCUCCUUUGUAAUUCCUAAGAGCUCUCCUAGCUUAGUUUGCUGCCGAAACAAUCUUGUGGCAAGUUCUUGCAUGCAAACUUUUGUUAAUAACUUGGUUGUCAGCACAACUGUUAAUGUUAAAUAGAAUACUCAGUGCUUCGUAGUAUCCUCUGAAAACUGAAACUUCUCCUUUGUGCCUGUAGUAUGACCAUCAAAAUAAAAGCUGAGUUACGUUCGGUGUAUGUGCAACUUCAGCAUCUUUCUGCUCAUUGAUACGCACUAAUAUGCCAAAACAAAACUGGGCAUAAAGGCUGGAAAUAAUUCUUUGUCUUUGUUACCCUCCUGUAAUGGGUAAUUGAUGCGGGAGGUGUUCUUGGAAUGAUUUUUUAAAAUUACAAAAGCCAUAUAGGAACCAAGUAUUUAACCUUUGAAAUGGUGCGGAGUUUAUUGUGCAGUUAAAGUCCAAUAUCAUUAAGCUUUGUAGUUAAUGUUUGCUCUAUUGAGCUGCUUGUUUGCCACCGGUUGAGCAGUAUGUGCUGAGCAACAAAGCUGCCUGUAGGAUAGGGUUGCUUGUUUGUGUGUCUCCAAAUCUUUGAGCCAGGGAAAAAUGCGUCCUGUUGGCACCGGUGUUUUAUGCCCUUUGACUUUGGACCUUUGUUGCUUUUUGUUGCAAGCUUCUUGUGUGAUGUUUCCUCAGUGAGUUACUAUAUUAUCUUGUAGCUUUAUGGUUUGCAAAACAACUUUUUGCUGAAUUUCAAUGCUGGAGUAAGGUGAUGGAAGGGGAAAAACUCACAGUGGGGCCUCUUAUUUAGGAAACGCAGUUCCUUGCUUUUCCUUGUCUUUACCAGGAAAGUAUUUCAUGUAAUGAUUCAUCCGUAGUGAUGGGCAUCUCUUCCCUUACAAAUUAUGGGGCAGGUCUGUUUACUCUUCUUCUAUCCUUCAGAGAAGGAUUCUGGGACAGUGAGUAAUCUUCUGUAACUCACAGCAGUGAUGUGGAGUGGAAACGUGCACUUAUUUGUGUGGAAUCAAACAGGACACAAAUGGCCCCCCCCCAUUUUCCAGUUGCAAUAGUGCCUUGAAAUCUCAUUCUCUUCACCCUUGUCUUAAACAUAGCUUGUUGUAAUAAGAUGUAGGGUUUCCUUCUAAAUAGAACCCUUAGGUGUUUGGUUUUCUAUAUGCUCUCUAAUUUAAGGAUAUUGAGACUUAAUACCGUUGCAACCUUUUAAGCUUCUAAGUGGCUUCCAGAUAAAGGUGAAGGGGCUUAUUUCAAAGGGCGAUUUACAAUGCAAGGACUUGGCUGCGCUGCUGAGGUUUUCUGACCAUGAAGCAAUCCAUGGGAAGCUAUUUGAAUCCAAAACCUCUCUGAAAGAGAGGUGAGCAGGCAGGUUGCUUCUGUAAGACCUCAUGUGUGGAACCAAAGCCUGAACCCAAAACUCACUUCUUGGAAGUGCGACAGGUGAUGGGUAAGGGAUAUGGGCGGCCUGGUCUAACCUUGAACACUGAGUUUGGGUGGGAGCAAGUGACUUCCACGUCUCCCUUUCAACCUGCGUUGUUCCACAACUACCCAGAGACCGAAGUAAAGAUGCCUCCUUAUCCAUGUCAGGUAGUCAUUUAAGUCUGUGCUGUUAUCUGGAGUUCCAAAGCAAUGGGGCUGUAAGAAUAACCGUGCUAAGCUAGUCCAAGGUGACCAGUAGCAGAUCUUUGGGGAUAUCUGUCAAACAUGAUGUCCAAGAGUUGUAGGUGUAAAGGUAGGACCUGAUUGCCAUAAUGGAAGGAGAAGAUCCUGAGUUUUACUGUAUUAUCCUCUGUAUCACUGCUCUGAUGGGAGUGAACCAUUGAGAGAUGUUACAGGAGCCAUGAAAUGUCUCUCACUUGUGUGGUGCUGCUGCCACUGUAAUUGGGACCACCACUCCUAGGGCCUGUAGUGCAUGUUGAAGCACUGAAUGCAGGCCAGAGUGGUUGAAGAGAUUACAGCUUCUUGUAAUGAAUCUUGCUUUCUGAUUGGGAAAAUCAACUUGGCUCGUUAAGGUGGAUUCAAUGCCUGUGUUUUAUGUAUGUGCCCCACAGAUCGGAUCUCGGUGUUUCACUUGAGAAUCUUAUCAGUAUGAACUGGGCUUUGUCUUUUUGUUUGCUGUUCUGUGUAUAGAUCUGAAGUAUACAGAUACAGAAAUAUAGAUCUGAUUUUCUGUCUGUCUUGUUUAUUUGUUUAUUUUAAAAUUUUAAAGAAAAUUCCAGUUGUGUGAAUCUUCUGAGGAGAGAGUUCAGGUGGUUCCUACCACUGCUUUCUGUAUCUGGGUGGUGUUUUUUCCCCCCCACCUCCCUUCCUCAUUAGCCAACGGAUGACCAUUAAGGAUCAGUUAAUCAUUAAUACUUUUGCCCAGCUCCUCAAUAAACAGUAGCUAAACACACAAGGAUAUUUAAAAAAUGUGGCUGUGGGCAAUUUAAUUUAUUUUUUUAUGAAGCAUAACUUCCAUUUAACAUUUCAGGAUAACUAGUUCAAAACACUCAAAACAAGAAGAAGAUGGUGUUUGGGAGAAUGGACUUUCUUAUGAAUGUCGCACUCUGCUUUUCAAAGCUGUUCACAACCUGUUGGAGAGGUGUUUAAUGAACCGGAAUUUUGUGCGCAUUGGGAAAUGGUUUGUGAAGCCUUAUGAGAAAGAUGAAAAACCUAUAAACAAAAGCGAGCACUUGUCCUGCUCAUUCACCUUCUUCUUACAUGGAGAUAGUAAUGUUUGCACCAGUGUGGAGAUCAGUCAGCAUCAGCCUGUGUACCUGCUUAGUGAAGAACACCUCACCCUUGCCCAGCAGUCUAACAGCCCUUUUCAAGCAGAUGCAGGCUAUGCUCUCGAAGACAAAGGAGCGAUGGGGCCUGAGUCUGUUAUUCUAAGUCCCUUUGGAUUAAAUGGCACGCUCACUGGGCAGUCAUUCAAACUUUCUGAUUCAUCUACAAAAAAGCUUAUUGGUGAAUGGAAACAAUUCUAUCCUGUCACUUCAAACUUGAAGGAGGGGUCCGAGGAAAAACAAGAAGAUAUGGAUUGGGAGGAUGAUUCUUUAGCUGCUGUUGAAGUCCUUGUUGCUGGUGUGCGAAUGGUAUAUCCAGCGUGCUUCGUUCUAGUUCCCCAAACAGACAUCCCUGCUCCUAGUACUGUUGGGACAUCUCACUGUUCAACUACUUGCUUGGGUGUCCACCAAGUGCCUGCUUCCACACGAGAUCCUGCCAUGUCCUCAGUAACUCUGACUCCUCCAACAUCCCCCGAGGAAGUUCAAACAGUUGAUGCUCAGUCUGCCCAGAAAUGGGUGAAGUUUUCUUCAGUUUCUGAUGGAUUUAUCUCUGACAGUACUAGCCAUCAUGGUGGCAAGAUACCUAGAAAACUGGCCAAUCAGGUGGUGGACAGAGUUUGGCAAGAAUGCAAUAUGAACAGAACACAGAACAAGCGGAAAUAUUCUGCUACAUCAAAUGGCUUGUGUGACGAAGAGACAGCUGACAAGGUAGCAUCCUGGGACUUUGUUGAAGCCACACAGAGGACAAAUUGCAAUUGCUCUAGGCACAAAAAUCUCAAACCAAGAAAUUCAGGUCAACAGGGGCAGGCACCACCUGUGGGCCAGCAGCAGCAAGCAGCUCCAAAGCACAAGACGAAUGAGAAGCAAGACAAAGGGGAUAAGCCACAAAAACGCCCUUUGACUCCUUUUCAUCAUCGUGUAUCUAUCAGUGAUGAUGUUGCCAUGGAGGCAGAUUCGGCAAGUCAGAGGCUUGUGAUGACUGCACCAGACAGUCAAGUGAGAUUUUCAAAUAUCCGAACUAAUGAUGUAGCAAAGACUCCUCAGAUGCAUAAUGCUGAAAUGCAUAAUGCUGAAAUGGCAAAUUCACCUCAGCCACCACCACUUAGUCCUCACCCGUGUGAUGUAGUUGAUGAAGGGGUAAAUAAAGCUCCUUCUACUCCUCAGAGUCAACAUUUCUACCAGAUGCCAACACCAGAUCCCUUGGUUCCCACCAAAACAAUGGAAGACAGACUCGAUGGCUUGUCUCAGCCUUUUCCAGCUCAAUUUCCUGAAGUUAUAGAGCCUACCAUGUAUAUUGGUACUGCAGUGAAUUUGGAGGAAGACGAAGCUGAUACUACUUGGAAGUAUUACAAAGUUCCAAAGAAAAAGGAUGUGGAAUUCUUACCACCUCAGCUUCCAAAUGAUAAGUUGAGAGAUGAUCCAGUAAUACCUGCUGGACAGGAGAACAUAACAUCAGUUACAGAAUUAAUGGUGCAAUGUAGGAAGCCUUUAAAGGUUUCGGAUGAACUGGUGCAGCAGUAUCAGAGUAAAAACCAGUAUCUAGCAGCAGUAGUGUCAGAAGCUGACCAGGAGCCUGAAAUUGACCCUUAUGCCUUCGUUGAAGGUGAUGUGGAGUUCUUAUUUCCUGACAGCAAAAAAGAUCGACAGAACAUCGAGAGGGAAACUGGGAAGAAACACAAGGCUGAGGACGGUACAUCUGGUGUUACAGUUCUAUCCCAUGAAGGAGAGGAUGCUAUGUCUUUGUUUAGUCCUUCUGUCAAGCAAGAUGCCCAACGUAUUGCUGCUCAUGCUCGCACUGCAUCUACUAGCCUGAUCCAUGAAACAGACUUGGUGGUCUCUUACACUGACCUUGACAAUCUCUUCAAUUCUGAUGAGGAUGAACUAACACCUGGAUCUAAAAGAACAGUGAAUGGUGCUGAUGACAAAUCCAACUGCAAAGAGGCAAAAGCAGGAAAUUUAGAUCCACUGUCAUGCAUAAGCACUGCAGAUCUCCAUAAAAUGUAUCCAACUCCACCUUCUUUGGAGCAACACAUCAUGGGGUUUUCUCCAAUGAACAUGAAUAAUAAGGAAUAUGGCAGUAUGGACACUACACUUGGAGGAACAGUACUUGAAGGGAAUAGUUCCAGUAUGGGAGCUCAGUUCAGGAUUGAAGUAGAUGAGGGUUUCUGCAGCCCCAAACCUGCUGAAAUAAAGGAUUAUUCUUAUGUUUAUAAACCUGAGAACUGCCAAGCCUUAGUGGGAUGUUCCAUGUUUGCACCACUGAAGACACUUCCCAGCCAGUGUCUCCCUCCCAUCAAACUGCCAGAAGAGUGCAUAUAUCGCCAGAGUUGGACUGUGGGAAAGCUGGAUUUGCUUCCUCCGGGACCUGCCAUGCCAUUUAUCAAAGAUGGUGAUGGAAGCACUAUGGAUCAAGAGUAUGGCCCUGCAUACACGCCGCAAACUCAUACUCCGUUUGGAAUGCCCCCGGGUAGUGCACCACCCAGUAAUGGUGGAGCUGGAAUUCUCCCUUCUCCUUCCACCCCUCGUUUCCCCACUCCCAGAACACCAAGGACUCCUCGGACUCCUCGUGGAGCUGGUGGACCGGCAAGUGCGCAGGGUUCAGUCAAAUAUGAGAACUCUGAUUUAUACUCACCAGCUUCCACGCCAUCGACAUGUAGACCACUUAAUUCUGUUGAACCUGCAACUGUGCCUUCCAUUCCAGAGGCACACAGUCUGUACGUGAAUCUCAUUCUCUCAGAGUCUGUAAUGAAUCUCUUCAAAGACUGUAACUUUGACAGCUGCUGCAUAUGCGUUUGCAAUAUGAACAUCAAAGGUGCUGAUGUUGGAGUUUACAUUCCUGAUCCAACACAAGAGGCCCAGUAUCGGUGUACCUGUGGUUUCAGUGCUGUUAUGAAUAGGAAGUUUGGCAACAGUUCUGGACUGUUUCUUGAAGAUGAAUUGGAUAUUUUAGGACGUAACACAGAGUGUGGCAAAGAAGCAGAAAAACGCUUUGAAGCUCUCAGAGCUACUUCUGUUGAACAUGGCAGUGCAGGACUGAAAGAACCAGAGAAACUGCCUGAUGAGUUAAUACUGUUGCUGCAAGAUCAAUGCACCAACUUGUUCUCACCGUUUGGAGCAGCAGAUCAAGAUCCUAUUCCCAAAGUUGGUGCAGUUAGCAACCUGGUACGCGUCGAAGAAAGGGAUUGUUGCAAUGACUGCUACUUAGCCUUGGAGCAUGGACGCCAGUUCAUGGACAAUAUGUCAGGAGGGAAAGUUGAUGAAGCACUUGUGAAAACUACCUGCUUGCACCACUGGUCAAAAAGAAACGUUGUAGAUGUGAGCAUGCAGUGUUCCCAGGACAUCCUUCGUAUGCUGCUCUCACUCCAGCCCGUUCUUCAAGACGCCAUUCAGAAGAAGCGCACGGUCCGGUCGUGGGGUGUGCAAGGCCCCCUCACGUGGCAGCAGUUCCACAAAAUGGCUGGCAGAGGCUCUUACGGAACUGAUGAGUCCCCAGAACCACUGCCAAUCCCAACGUUUUUGUUGGGAUACGAUUACGAUUUUCUGGUGCUGUCUCCGUUUGCAUUGCCGUACUGGGAGAGGCUGAUGCUGGAACCUUACGGAUCUCAAAGAGAUGUUGCUUAUGUUGUGGUGUGCCCUGAGAAUGAGGCUCUGCUAAAUGGAGCAAAAAGCUUCUUUAGGGAUCUGACUGCAAUAUAUGAGUCAUGCAGACUUGGCCAGCAUAGACCUAUCUGUAAAUUAUUGCCUGAUGGAAUCAUGAGAGUUGGACCUACUGCCUCAAAGAAACUUUCUGAGAAGCUGGUCACAGAAUGGUUCUCACAGACAGCUAAUGCCAACAAUGAAGCAUUUUCCAAACUCAAACUGUAUGCCCAAGUUUGCAGAUAUGAGCUGGGUCCUUAUCUUGCUUCUCAGCCUUUGGACAAUUCGUUACUUGCCCAAACAAAUCUGGUCCCUCCCUCUAGCCAGCCAGCCUCUGCUCUGCCCCCACUGACAGCCAGCACUGGAAAUCCCAACACUCCGUCUGCUCCUGCAGCUUCUACCAGUAGUACUAUGACUGCAACGUCAAACAGUGCCAUGUCUUCUGCAGCUACUACAGCUAACUCAACUUUGACUACCACUGCCACGUCAUCCUCUUCUGCUAACAUAGGCAGUGGGAUCCCAACAAACAAGCCUUCUUCAUUUCCACCUUUUAGCAGUAUGAACAAUACCACUUCUGCUUCCCUGCCCUCUCAGGCUGCGACGGUCCAAAAUGGGCAAACAGGAGGACAGCAGCAGCAGCCGGUGCUGCAAACAGCAGGGAUGUCUGGAGAUGCUACUACAGCACCUGCACAGCCCCACCCAGAGGUUUCUGAAAGCACUAUGGAUCGUGAUAAAGUUGGAGUUCCUACAGAUGGAGAUUCACACGCUAUCACCUAUCCACCUGCCAUUGUAGUUUACAUAAUCGAUCCUUUUACGUAUGAGAAAAAGGAUGAGAACAGUAGCUCAUCUAGUUUGUGGACACUUGGACUUCUGCGCUGCUUUUUAGAGAUGGUUCAGGUUCUUCCUCCCAACAUCAAGAAUAUAAUUUCUGUGCAGAUCGUUCCGUGUCAGUACCUUCUGCAGCCUGUGAAACACGAAGACCGGCAGAUUUAUACUCAGCAUUUGAAGUCUUUAGCAUUUUCAGCUUUUACUCAGUGUCGGAGACCUCUUCCAUCUUCCACCAAUGUGAAAACGUUAACUGGCUUUGGCCCAGGCUUAGCCAUGGAAACAGCUCUUAAGAGCCCUGAUAGACCUGAGUGUAUUCGACUGUACACCCCUCCUUUUAUAUUGGCUCCUGUAAAGGACAAGCAAACAGAGCUUGGAGAAACUUUUGGAGAAGCUGGCCAGAAGUAUAAUGUGCUUUUUGUAGGCUACUGUUUGUCUCAUGAUCAAAGAUGGCUGCUUGCAUCCUGUACAGAUCUCUAUGGAGAACAGUUAGAGACGUGCAUAAUUAAUAUUGAUGUACCAAACAGAGCUCGCAGGAAAAAGGGCUCUGCCCGCAGGCUUGGUCUUCAGAAACUCUGGGAAUGGUGCCUGGGACUCGUGCAGAUGAGCUCUUUGCCUUGGAGGGUCGUAAUAGGCCGCUUAGGAAGAAUAGGGCAUGGGGAAUUAAAAGAUUGGAGUUGUUUGUUGAGUCGCCGAAAUCUUCAGUCCCUCAGUAAGAGGCUGAAAGACAUGUGCAGAAUGUGUGGUAUCUCUGCUGCAGACUCUCCCAGCAUUCUCAGUGCUUGUUUGGUAGCAAUGGAACCACAGGGGUCCUUCAUUAUUAUGCCAGAUUCUGUAUCGACCGGCUCUGUGUUUGGACGCAGCACCACUUUAAAUAUGCAGACAUCUCAGCUGAAUACCCCACAGGACACAUCGUGCACUCACAUACUUGUGUUUCCCACAUCUGCUUCUGUGCAAGUAGCAUCGUCAACUUAUACCACUGAAAACUUGGAUCUGGCCUUCAACACAAACAAUGAUGGAGCAGAUGGAAUGGGCAUCUUUGACUUGUUAGACACUGGAGACGAUCUUGAUCCUGAUAUUAUAAAUAUACUUCCUGCAUCUCCUACUGGAUCCCCUGUACAUUCUCCAGGGUCCCACUAUCCCCAUGGAGGUGAUAUGGGCAAGGGUCAAGGUACAGAUCGAUUGCUUUCAACAGAGUCUCACGAUGAAGUAACAAACAUACUGCAACAGCCACUGGCCCUUGGUUAUUUUGUGUCAACUGCCAAAGCAGGUCCUUUGCCUGACUGGUUUUGGUCAGCGUGUCCUCAAGCACAAAAUCAGUGUCCCUUGUUUCUUAAGGCCUCUUUGCACCUCCACGUGCCUUCAGUGCAAUCAGACGAGCUACUCCACAGUAAACACUCCCAUCCACUUGAUUCUAAUCAAACUUCUGAUGUGCUCAGGUUUGUUCUGGAACAGUACAAUGCACUCUCCUGGCUAACCUGUGAUCCUGCAACCCAGGACAGACGGUCAUGUCUCCCAAUUCAUUUUGUGGUGCUGAAUCAGUUGUAUAACUUUAUCAUGAAUAUGCUGUGAUCUUCAUCUGAAUUUUGCAAGACAAAAAUGAGGAAAAGGGAUAUUUCACUGCAGGACUAAGUUAUAAUUCUUCUCAGUGCAAGUUGUUUGUGAUGGGGUAUGAAUCUUGUUACUUCCAGCAAAUAUUGUUUUGACUUGUGAGAGGGGUACUUAUCACCUGCUGUCUUUGAGUCAUUGACUAUGGGGGACGCUUUAGAAUGAUGAUCAGAAAGUGUAUUAUAACAUUUUUAGUAGCAAAAUUAACCAUUUUUCCCCGGUCACAGUAUUUGUGAAGAGUAAUGAGCCAUAGUACCCAGUCACGGUUAAUGAAUAUUGAAAGCAUGGAGAUGAGAAGAAACGUGAGGAACAAUGAGUUUCAACCUAUGGCUUCAGAACAUCAAGAUGUUCUUGUAUUGGAUUAUAGUACCUAGUAUUCAAAAAUGCCUGCAUCUCUUAUUUAUUGUAAGUUUUUAAAUGUAUAAAUUGUCUUAUAUUUCUUAACCUCUUUUAUAAAAAUUUUCCUAGAAGGUUUAUACUGCCUUCUUGCUUUAAAGCAAUUGGUCUAAAAUAUAUGUAAUCGUCUUAAUUAAAAGUUGCAGUAGGUUGCUUUUAGAGUAUUAUUUUUUUGUAAGGGGGUGGGCGGGGACAGUAAAUUUGUAUUGUCUUGAUGUACAGUUUAAUGGGUAUAGAGGGGUUAAUGUCCAUACCAUUGUGUGUGGGGGAUUUACAGCUAAGCUGUAGUUGCAGAGUACAUGUACAGUAAUGAAGUUCACUGUGUUUAUAUAAAUUGAAAAGGUACCGGGUCUUACAGCAUUUUAUAUCACACCUUUACAGAGUAACAAUGGCAAUAUAUCAGUGAUAUUGUAGGUGGUUUAACUUGUAGUGAGAAUAAAACGAAUAAACUCUUCAACUGAAGUUUGUGUUAUGGUUCAGGGCUGUGGCUAGAUUCUCAGAUCUACUUCCAGUAUCCUAGUUGAAUUAUUACAAGAAUAUCUAUUGUGCAUUGUUGUUGCUGGAUAUUCUUGGCACUGUGGUGAGCGCAUUAUUUUCUCCUGUUUGCGAUAAAACACAAACCUAAAGUGGAAGGCACAGAACACAAAUGUUACCCAAAGUCUCCCGUGAGGCUGAAAUUUAGCCCAGCUCUAGCCAUUUUACAAAUGCAAGAACAGUCAAUCUUGACUUUAAGAUUGGUGUGUGUUUAACUACAAUGUGAUGUAUAUAGAUUCUCAGUGAAUUCUGGUAUUCAGAUUUUAUUCCCUUAGUGGGGGGGG